GCCCCCGCCCACAAGCUAUAUGAAGGCCCGGCCGCGGCUCGCGCCGCCACUGGCACAAUAACACUCAGAUCCUUCCGCCGAGCAGCGCAGCUAGUUCCUCAGCUCUUUAUCUCACGAUGGCGGACACUCAGGUGGACUCUGGCUCCGACAUCUCCGCCAAGGAUCUGAAGGAAAAGAAGCUGGUGGAGGACAAGGAAAACGGCAAAGAUGCUGCCACCAACGGGAAGGAGAAAGAGGAGAACGGCGAGCCUUAUGUAGAUGAUGAGGAUGAGGAAGAUGUGGACGAAGAGGAUGAGGAGGACGACGGAGAAGGCGAUGAGGAGGACGAAGAUGACGAUGACGAUGAACUGGAGGGUGGUACAAAGCGACCAGCGGAUGACGAUGAUGAAGAUGAUGACGAGGAUGACGUCGAAACCAAGAAGCAGAAAACCGAUGAUGACGACUGAUCCGUUCCCCCAAGACGUCCUGCAUAAACACUUCCUGGUUCUUCACCUCUGACCUUUGGUCCGUCACAGGUGGAGGAGCGGGAGGACGACUAAAGAGAAAAACCAUCAUUUAAAAAAAUCAACAUGGUCAUUAGCCAGUAGAGUUCGACUGCAUCACCCUGCCGGGCCGCCCCAACCCAAACACCACAAUCUGGCUCCAACAACCCGAAAGAAGAAUUUGUUUGUAUUUUUAUUUACAUUUUAUAUUUUUGUACAUAUUGUGAGGGGGCUUCUCCCGCAGCGGUCCCGGGGCUUCCUCCCAGAUCGACCAUGUUCACCACAAACCUGUACAAACUCGCCGUUGAACUCCAAGCAUUCCAGUCGCCGUACGAACUCCAGCGGCACCAUUGCUAGUUUGUUUGCGCGGGGGAGGGGCCGGCCCCGCUCACCGGCCUCGUUUCUACUUCCUGUUUUCUUUCUUUCAUGGCGGUUUUUAUGUUUGUUGUUUGACAAUAAACCGGACUUUUAUUUUGUGAAUUGUA